ACGAAGAACAGAUUCGAUGAUGAAAAAUAAAAACAAUCCUCAGUCUUUCGUACUGUUUUCAUUUCUCAUUUCAUCAUUUUUUGUAUUCUUCAGCUACGGUACUUCUUUGAUUUCUACAGAACCUUUUACCAUCUCUAGCAACAAAACCAUUGUGUCUCAUAAUGAGGUCUUCGAGCUUGGUAUCUUCAAACCUGAGUACAGUUCCCCGGAUGAGGAUCGUUGGUAUCUCGGUAUUUGGUAUAAGAAAAUCUCCGAAAGAACCUAUGUAUGGGUUGCAAACAGAGACAACCCUCUCUCCAAUCCUAUAGGAACCAUCCGCGUGUGGAAUUCCAACAUCCUUCUCUCUGACCAAUCGAAUACUGUUGUUUGGUCGACGAGUAUUACAGAGGAAAGUGAGAGAUCUCCGAUUGUGGCAGAGCUUCUCAACGAAGGAAAUCUCGUGCUGAGACAAUCCAAUAACAAAGAUGGUGGUAAUAAGGUUUUGUGGCAAAGUUUCGAUUUUCCAACAAACACUUUACUUCCAGGGAUGAAACUCGGUUGGAAGCUCAGAACGGGGCGUUAUAGUUUCCUGACCUCUUGGAAAGAUCUAACUGAUCCGUCAAGCGGCGAAUUUACUUAUCAAAUCGAAGCUGCACGUAGAACUCGAGGCUUUCCAGCAUUGUUCCUUUGGUCUGGUAGAUCCAAAGUGAAACGGGUAAGUCCAUGGGACGGCGUAGUAUCUCUUGGCGUGCCACGAAACCAACCUUUGACGUAUAUAACGUUUACGUUAACAGCGAACAAGGAAGAGGUCUCGUUUUCAUUCCAGACGUCGGAUAGUAAAUACACAUCCAGACUGACAUUGACCUCCGUACAACAGCUUAUGUGGAAUGAAACAUCCUUGAAAUGGGACCUGUUGUGGCAUUCUGUGGCUGAGGAAUGCGAUAUCUAUGGAAUUUGCGGCCCUUACAGCUACUGUGACAUAUUAAUGGCGUGUAAGUGUAUGCGAUGUUUUGAGCCCAAGGACCAGGAAGCAUGGGCCUUGGAAAACAAGGGAGAUGGGUGUGUGAGGAAAGCCCCACUGAGCUGCAGUGAUGACAAGCUUAUUGCAACACCUAUUGAAAAUAUGUCUGGAGAAAACAUAGUGGAGAAUACGGAACUUCCAUUGUUGAGUUUCGAAACCAUAUCCCGUGCCACAGAUGAUUUCUCUGUUUUUAAUAAGCUUGGAGAAGGUGGUUUCGGUGUCGUGUACAAGGGAAUACUUGACGGUCAAAAAAUUGCUGUGAAAAGACUGUCAAAUACGUCAGAUCAAGGCACUGAUGAGUUUAAGAACGAACUCAAACUGAUCACCAAGGUAGAACACCUAAACCUGGUUAAGAUUUUCGGUUAUUGCAUUAAUGGGGAGGAGAAGUUGUUAAUAUAUGACUACUUGGAGAACCGAAGCCUCGAUCUCUAUCUCUUUGACGAAACCCAAAGUGAUAAGCUAAAUUGGCCCAAGAGAUUUGAAAUUGUCAUAGGUGUUGCUCGUGGACUCUUAUAUCUUCACGAAUAUUCGGGAACUCUGAUCAUACAUAGGGACCUUAAACCAAGCAACGUCUUGCUUGAUAAAGAUAUGAUCCCGAAGAUCUCAGCGCGGAUCUUUGAAAGGGGCAAUAACAAUGUUGAGACGAAACGUGUGGUCGGAACGCGUGGCUACAUGUCUCCGGAAUACUCGGAAGAGGGGACAUACUCGGUGAAGUCAGAUGUUUACAGUUUCGGGGUAUUGGUUCUUGAGAUCUUAUCCGGUAAGAGAAACAGAGGAUUCGCCGAGGCAAACGAUGGUCUCAGUCUUCUAAGCUACGCUUGGAAGAAAUGGAGCAAGGGAGAGUGGGCAUGUGUCAUAGAUCCCAUGAUAGAUCCAUCAUCCGAUGAAGUCAAACGGUGCUUCCAAAUUGGACUACGGUGUGUUCAAGGUCGUCAAGAGGAUAGACCAGUAAUGUCUUCCGUCCUGUUGAUGCUCCUAAGCCAAACGGAGAUCAUUCCGGAGCCAAAUCCGCCAGGUUUUUAUGGUGAUCUCUGAAGCAAUGCCGAGAUCGGGGGUUUGCUUUUGACUUUUUUUUGGUACUGGUUCUCCGGUUAAUUUUAAUUGUCGGUUAAAGAUGAUGAUUUAAAUGGGAAUCGUUGAAUUUUAAUGUAAUGAGUUUAAUAAUCUGAAAGAGUAUUUUCUGAA